UGAGCCCCGAUGAUAGUAGUGGGACGUAUAGCUAGCUAGCUUCACUUCACACCAACGCAGACUGACCUCAGCUCCCAAGAUGGCUGGUGUUCGAGCCCUUGGUGUUCUCUCCAGAUUGUCAGCAAAGAGAUAUGCUCUCCUCACAGGCAGUACUUUCCGCACCUUCUCAGUAGUUCCUGCCAUGCAAGCCCGAACCCAUGUGAACUAUGAAGUGAAGGGCGAUGUUGCUGUCAUACGGAUGAAUGACCCAACCUCUAAGGUGAACACCUUGUCCAUCCAAAUGCAAAAGGAGAUGUCAGAGGUGAUGGCUGAAGUGUGGGCCAACAAUGCUGUGAACAGCGCUGUCCUCAUUUCCUCAAAGCCUGGAUGCUUCAUUGCAGGAGCUGAUAUUCAUAUGAUCCAGGCCUGCAAAGACGCAGAAGAGGUAACCAAACUUUCUCAGGAAGGCCAGAAGAUGUUUGAGCAGAUUGAAAAAUCUCCUAAGCCGAUUGUCGCUGCCAUCAAUGGCUCUUGCUUAGGAGGAGGCUUAGAGUUUGCCAUUGCCUGCCAGUACAGAGUUGCAACAAAGAGCAAGAAAACAGUUUUAGGUACUCCUGAGGUCAUGCUGGGUCUUCUACCUGGAGCCGGUGGUACACAGAGACUCCCCAAAAUGGUUGGUUUGCCCAAUGCCUUUGACAUGAUGCUGACAGGAAGAAAUAUCCGAGCAGAUAAAGCCAAGAAGAUGGGGCUUGUUGACCAGCUCGUAGACCCUCUUGGACCUGGGCUGAAGAGUCCAGAGGAAAGAACAAUAGACUACCUUGAAGAAAUUGCCAUUGAGUGUGCCAGAGGUAUUGCCAAUAAGAAGAUUUCUCUUCAGAAGCCAAAAGGCACAAUGCAGAAAAUUCAAGACUACAUCAUGAGCUUAGAGAUUGUGCGGAAUCAAAUUUACAAAACAGUCCACGGUAAAGUUAUGAAGCAGAGCAAGGGGCUUUAUCCAGCACCCCUGAAAAUCAUUGAGUGUGUGAAGACUGGAGUAGAACAAGGGCCCGUUGCUGGAUAUUUAGCAGAGUCUCAGAACUUCGGUCAUUUGGGAAAAACCACAGAGUCAGGAGCCCUGAUUGGUCUGUACCACGGUCAGGUUGCAUGCAAGAAGAAUCGCUUUGGAACUCCUGAGAAAGAAGUGAAGAGUCUUGCCAUCUUGGGGGCAGGCCUGAUGGGAGCAGGUAUCGCCCAGGUGACAGUGGACAAAGGUGUGCACACAAUCCUGAAGGACACAACUGUGGCUGGACUGGCCAGAGGAGAGCAGCAGGUUUACAAGGGGCUCAACGACAAGACCAAAAAGAAGAGCAUCACGUCAUUUCAGAGAGACUCCAUACUGUCCAACUUGACCGGGCAGCUGGAUUACAAGGGCUUCGAGAAGGCCGACAUGGUUAUUGAAGCCGUGUUUGAAGACAUAAACAUCAAGCAUGCAGUCCUGAAGGAGGUGGAGGCUGUGGUGUCCCCUCACUGCAUAUUCGCCAGCAACACAUCUGCUCUGCCCAUCAAGGAAAUUGCUGCUGCCAGCAAGAGACCAGACAAGGUCAUUGGAAUGCACUACUUCUCUCCAGUGGACAAAAUGCAGCUUCUUGAGAUUAUAACCACUGAUAAGACGUCGAAGGACACCACAGCCUCUGCCGUGGCAGUCGGCCUGAAGCAGGGCAAAGUCAUCAUAGUUGUCGGGGAUGGGCCCGGAUUCUACACCACAAGGUGUCUGGCUCCCAUGUUGGCUGAAGCAGUUCGAGUCCUUCAGGAAGGAAUUGACCCCAAGAAGCUGGAUGCCCUCACCACAAGCUUUGGUUUCCCUGUGGGUGCCGCCACACUGGCUGAUGAAGUCGGUAUUGACGUCGCGGCCCACGUCGCUGAGGACCUCGGCAAAGCUUUCGGCUCCCGCUUCGGUGGUGGAAAUGUAGAUGUUUUGAAGACCAUGGUGGAUCUGGGAUUCAAGGGCCGCAAAUCCGGAAAGGGCUGCUACGUCUACCAGCCAGGAACCAAAGUUAAGGAGGUCAACCCAGAUAUCGGAGACAUCCUGGAGAAAUUCAAGAUAGCGGCAAAUCCUGCUGUUUCCUCAGACUCCGAUGUGCAGUACAGGCUCGUUUCCCGAUUCGUCAAUGAGGCUAUAAUGUGUUUGCAAGAGGGCAUUCUGAACAACCCCUUGGAGGGAGACAUCGGGGCUGUGUUUGGGCUGGGAUUCCCCCCCUUCCACGGAGGUCCCUUCCGUUUCGUGGACACCUUCGGCGCCAGCAACCUGGUGGAGAAGAUGAGGAAAUACGAAGAGGUCUACGGCAAUCAGUUCACACCAUGCCAGCUCCUACUGGAUCACGCAAAAGAUUCCAGCAAGAGAUUUCACAAGUGACCGACUCACCACGCGUGCCAGUAGCUCAUAAGGAAAACUCCAGUCUGCCACUAGAACGUGCCUAACAUUUAUAUCAUUUGUAGGGGCAAUACACCUUGUUGGCAGUUUAGUGGGCUCACCUAGCCUAAAGUGAUGCCGUCUUGCAGUAAAUCCUACCUUCACGUAAGCUGUAAUGAUCUACUUUUUAUUGCAGGAUGCAGUUUGUGGCACUGUUAACUCGUGUUAUCGCAGCUGAACUGUAACGUAGCCUACAAUCACUGACAAAAGUGGAAUAUUACGGUUUUCAUGAAUAUCAGAUUGUAUUAGUUUUCGCCAGGUGUGCCUGAUAAACUGGCAGCUGAGCAGCAAAAAUUGGAAGAUUUCUUUUUUACUGAAACAUUAUCGACUGGAUGUAUAGAUUCAGGUGCAUAAAGAGGCUAAUUAUUAACACAUCGCAUAUAAGAUAUAAGACAAAAGAAUGAAGCUAUGUUCCAACAGGCAGUUUAAAUUUGAAUUAUUCAUGAAUGUCUAGGAGUAUGGUUCAGCGAGUCUCUCUUCUUUCUUUUUUGUACAUUGAACACUUCCCUGGCUUGGUUUGGACAUUGAUGUAAAUGUGAAAGCUUGAAUUAAAAAUUUUGUUAUUGAAUCAAA